AGCUUAUCGGCGAAUCUCAACGCUUCACUCUGCCCCACCACAAACGAGCAGAAUCGGAGAGUACAGCGACCACCAAAAACCACACUCAUCCAUUUAACUCUUGCUCAAGGCUGAUAUAUCUUCUUUUUUGUCCAGCAGUCAAUCAAGGUCAAAUACAUCUCCAACCGCCCGACCUCUCUCUCCUCUCCAACCAAAACCCUCAUCAGCUCGAAGACACUCCUCCCACUACCUACCAAUCCCUCAAAUCCUUCACAAUGGCCACGGCUUUGGAGCAUCUCUCCAACCACACCAAGAUCGCCUGGCUGAGCGGCCUCGACACCGACUUCAAGCCCACCAAGAACUACCGCCGCACCUCCAUCAUCUGCACCAUCGGCCCCAAGACCAACUCCGUCGAUGCCAUCAACAAGCUCCGCAAGGCCGGCCUCAAUGUCGUCCGCAUGAACUUCUCCCAUGGCUCAUACGAGUACCACCAGUCCGUCAUCGACAACGCCCGCGAGGCUGAGAAGGUCCAGCCGGGCCGUCCGAUUGCCAUUGCUCUCGACACCAAGGGACCGGAGAUCCGAACAGGAAACACAGUCGGUGAUGAGGAUCUGCCCAUCUCCGCAGGUGAUGAGAUCAACAUCACCACCGACGACAAAUAUGGCGCUGCCUGUGAUGUUAAGAACAUGUACGUCGACUACAAGAACAUCACCAAGGUGAUCGCGCCCGGCCGUAUCAUCUACGUCGAUGACGGCGUCCUCGCCUUCGACGUCCUCGAGAUCAUCGACGACAAGACGAUCCGCGCGCGCGCCCGCAACAACGGCAAGAUCUCCUCCAAGAAGGGCGUCAACCUGCCCAACACCGACGUCGACCUCCCCGCCCUCUCCGAGAAGGACAAGGCCGACCUCCGCUUCGGCGUCAAGAACAAUGUCGACAUGGUCUUCGCCUCCUUCAUCCGCCGCGGCGAGGACAUCAGCGCCAUCCGCGAGGUCCUCGGCGACGACGGGAAGCACAUCCAGAUCAUCGCCAAGAUCGAGAACCGCCAGGGCCUCAACAACUUCGCCGAGAUCCUCAAGGAGACCGACGGCGUCAUGGUCGCCCGUGGUGACCUCGGAAUCGAGAUCCCCGCCGCCGAGGUCUUUGCCGCACAGAAGAAGAUGAUCGCCAUGUGCAACCUGGCCGGCAAGCCCGUCAUCUGCGCAACCCAGAUGCUCGAGUCCAUGAUCUACAACCCCCGCCCAACCCGCGCCGAGAUCUCCGACGUCGGCAACGCCGUCACCGACGGCGCCGACUGCGUCAUGCUCUCCGGCGAGACGGCAAAGGGCUCCUACCCCGUCGCCGCCGUCACGGAGAUGCACGAGACGUGCCUCAAGGCCGAGAACACAAUCGCCUACAUCGCCCACUUCGAGGAGAUGUGCAACCUCGCCGUGCGCCCGACCGCCAUCGUCGAGUCCGUCGCCAUGGCCGCCGUCCGCACCUCCCUCGACAUCAACGCCGGCGCCAUCCUCGUCCUCUCCACCUCGGGUGACUCCGCGAGGUAUCUGUCCAAGUACCGCCCCGUCUGCCCCAUCUUCAUGGUCACCCGCAACGCGUCAGCCAGCCGCUUCGGACAUCUGUACCGUGGUGUUUACCCCUUCCUCUUUAACGAGGAGAAGCCCGAUUUCUCAAAGGUCAACUGGCAGGAGGACGUCGAUCGCCGCAUCAAGUGGGGUAUCGCCGAGGCCUUCAAGCUCGGCGUCCUCACCGAGGGCGAGAGCGUCGUCGUCGUUCAGGGAUGGAAGGGCGGUAUGGGUCACACUAACACCCUCCGCGUCAUCCAGGCGAGUGAGAGCCUCGGUCUUGCAACGGUCUAGAUUACGCCGCGCGCGCGUUUGAUGAGUUUUUUUAAAAAAAAAAAGUGAGAAAAUGAUAUGAGAUCGGAUGGGAUAUAAAAUGAAUGACCUCGACGUGGGUACGCCGCGGAUGGAUGGCGGGGGCUGCUAGGGUCGCCCGAGGGUUUAUGGAUGAUGGGAUAGAUAGAUGAUGGACGCAGGCAGGGUAGAUUAGAUUGGGUGAGCGGGUGCAUAGGGUAGCGUGGUGGAUAAUAGACUUCUUCUUUAC